AUGCUCAUCAUUAUACUUUAUAGAGUAGCAUUUAAAGCAUUAUUCCCCCCUCUGGAGUACAAUUAGAAUUGAGACAUUCCAAGUAAAAUGUAAUAUUUACUAAAAGUAAAAAAAAAAGUCAUUAACUUUUAAAGCAAAGAAGUGAUGCAAAAUUCUCUGAAGGGAGAGUGAUGCAAAAUUUGCUCCCUUGGGGGAGGACAAGACCGAGAAUAGACUGAGGGUGCAAAUUCUGAGAUGUUUUGCUCAAUUAGAAAUCACAUCCCUUGGCAGGGCGGAAGACAAGUGGUUGAAGCAAUUGCGGAAGGAUGGCAGAGAAACAUAUCAGAAAUCUCAUCCCCACGUGUCCUCUCUCCUGGUCCAAGGGAUGAGAUUUCUGACGGAGAAGAGCAAAAUGUUUAAGAAACUGCAUUUUGCUACAUCAGAACCAAGGACAGGUGAGGGGAUGGGAUUUUGGAAUUGUUUGUCUGUCACCUUCUGGAAAUUACAUCACUUCGCUUUCUUUAUCCCUGGUCCAGAGAAUGCAGUUUCAAGGGGAUAAGAGAGAGCAGCCCAUAGACUGCUCUAGUCCAGGCAUUUUCGAUAUACGAUUCAGAUUUAGGAUUGCAGUUUUGGAAGGAGACGCAAAAAUGAAAUGGAUGUAGUGUUAAAAUUUGUUUACAAAUAUAUACAAGGUCUAUGCAUAUUUUUUUUUGACAAAAAGGCAGCUCAAAGGGAAAGCGCAGGUGCCUGAUCACCUGUUCUUGUUAUUGUAAAAGCAGAGAUACCCACACCCAUUGGCAAAUGCGACUCAGCUCCACCCAAUACUUCCGUGCAAGAAGAAGUUAAAUCACAAUGGAGCGUACGAAGGGUCGCUGUUCCAGUGCUACCGUGCAUUUAAAUACAGCCCUCUGCUUUUACAAGAAUAAUAAUGGGACCAGGCAUUCAAGAUUAUCCCUUACUAGUGCAAGGAGGGACACUGAAAAAGGACAGCCAAAUCCAUGAAACCCACAAAGGAAUGGUAAUUUCCAGUGGUGGAAAGGGACAUCCAAGUACCAAAGGGCUAGAGAAACCACUUUCCCCUGUGAGACCUUCUCCCAGCAGCUUAAGCAAAAGUAUUUUAAAUACCACCAAAAAGACUUUCCAUUGCACCCAGGAUGACAGCCAACCAAGUUUUCUUUACAAGGAAAGAAACAGGCUAGAUGAGGCUCAUCAGCAAAACAGAAUGAUGAGUGUUUGCACAUCACUGUACAAAGUACGAGGGGCAAAGAAAGACCUCAUGGAAGGAAGGCAAAGUGAAUCUGGACUACACAGAAUCCCUUCCAAUUUGAAGGGGAAUUCACAAGGUGGCUCCAGUAGGGCAGAAGAUGCACUGAUGCAAAGAUUUUAUUCGAAUCAAAAAGGAGAAACUCAAAGAAGUCUUGGAGAGCAUGUGACUGAAGCUGUCCCUUGCACUUUUAAAUAUCCAGGGACCUCUGUGAAUGAGAUGUUUCUUGACUUUCAGUCAGUGAGAAUUAUUCAAGAGGAUGCUGCUGAGGAUAGUGCCAGUGACCUUUCCGACUCAGAAAGAAUUCCUAUUCCCCCUUCCCCCUGCACACCGCCGGAACUCAACCUCAGAGCUGAAGAAAUUGACCCAGCAUGUUUUGAACACCUCUUUGAUGCAGGUUAUAAAGAAUCAAUAUAUUAUUAUCCUGACUUCCUCCCACCUCCUUUCAACUCCUGGGACCUGCAGCAGCUGGCAGUGUUUGUUAACACAGAGUGUAAAUCGGAAUCUCGACCACAACCAGCAGGAUUUAUUGAGAAAUAUAUCGAUCGGCUUUUGCAGUUGGAGUGGCUGCAGGUGCAAACUAUACGGAACGAGAAAGGAAAGACAGCCAAAGCUAGGCCUCAGACGGCUCCUAGUAUCAUUCGGACCCUAAAAAGCCUUGGCAAAGGCAAAUCGUUGCAUAGCCCUUCGCCUAACAAACAGUUAACUCCCAAAGAAAGUGUUAUAAAGCUCCCCAUCAGCCUUUCAGCUCACAGAAGAGAUGUACACUGUGAAGAAAAUAGCCAGUUAAAUGCAUAUCCAAGUCACUCAAAAGUUGCUGAGGUUAUGGGUGGCACGUCAGCCCCACAGAGACAUGCCUGUGAAAUGAGGAAUGAGGUGAAUAAGAGGUCAGCCAUCAAGCUGCAACUUCUCAAUAUGCAGCCCUGUGCAAGCAGCUCUAAGAUUCAGGAUCUUGGUAAUAUUAGACCCCUCAAACAAUCCCCCAAGUUCCAUAGUUCAGCUGCCCCCACCCAGGGGCGAAAACCGCAGGCGUGUUCAAAUCUGAAGAAGAAUGGAAAUGCUAAUAAUUUUGUUCCUUCCAAGAAACCAACAGGGGACAAGAAGUUAAAAACAAAUGGUGUGAAGCAAACAUCAUGUACAUUUAAAUAAUGAAGAAUAACUAAUUAGUAAAUUGGCAAUGCAGUGCUGACUGCUGGAGAGUGGAGGGACCAUGGUUUUUCCUCAUCAGGAAAUCCUGUAGAAAAUUGUUCUUGCUGCAAAUUUCUGCACAUUUAAGUACAUAGCAGGGCCAACGGGGAAUAUUUUUCUCUGAAGACAAAUGUCUCCCACUGGUCUUUACUCAAAGAGUAGACACUUGCGUAUAUAAGAAGAUUCUAGCGAAUAAGGUUAGGAAAACAUAAAAUGUCUGAUUUCUUCUCACACUGACACCCAUGUAACUUCAUUGAUUUCAGUGGAAUUACUCCUGAUUUACACUGGAGUAUGUGAGAGGAGAAUCAAAUCCAUACACUCUCCAUUGAGCAGACACACACGUGUGCCAUAUAGGGUGAGACAGAUUUUCUUUUCUUUCUGAUGGAGAAGAGUUUUGUUGAUUUUAUAAGAGAAUAGAACUGGCCAGGCUUAUCUAUGCAAAGUUAAAGUCUCUGAUUCUUGGGCGAAGAGCACAAAAUCGAACUGGUCUGGGGAGCAGAGAAUGUUUUGAAGUAAUCUUCUGAGUCAGAAGAGAUUCUGUUAGUUAAGAUCAUACCGCUGCUAAAGGAUUGCCAUCCGCUCAUCUGGUGAUAGGCCAAGGAUAUGGCCUGAAUAUUUUUAUACAGCUACCUUUGUUGUAGUCUUAGACCAUUUUCCUUAAUGUCCACCUUGUAGGUCUUGCUGCUUUAUGUCAUUCAGAAGGUGACCCUCUUAAUGUUUUGAGCUAGUGCCACUCAAGCAAGAGAUCUUGGAGUCAUUCUGCUUAGUUCUCUGAAAACAUCUGCUCAGUGUGU